AUGGCCGUGACUAAUAGCAUGCGGCUUCGGGAGGCUUUUCGGAUACAAAAAGGACUUCAUCAACCUCAAACCAUGAAGGAUGGCCCUUUCCGGGCCGCCGUCCCCAUAACGUGUGGGUAUUUGAUUGACCCUGUUACCAAUACAGCACACCAUGACUUCCGUGCCCAUGCUCAAACAGGGGAUGAGGGCUACGCUUGCACCAUUCAUUUUAAAGAUACCCUGAAACUGGACGACAAGGCCAAAAAGGUACUGGAAUGGGUAUCUGAUGCGGAGUCAACCAAAUAUGACGAUCAUGAAUGGUUCAUUACACCGGUUUUUGAGACCAGUGAUCCACACGCCAAAUGGUUGGAAGAGUUCUUGUUAAUUGGAUAG